UAUCCCUCUUAGACCCUCACUACCACCACCACUAUCUUCUCCCCCACCAUUAAAACUCUGAAAAACCCAAACCAGUUGCCUACUAUUUUUCUUAUGACUAGUGGGUUUUAGGGUUUUUGUUGACUGAUGAAUUUCUUCUGAAUAUUUGGUUAAAACUCUCUUUCUCUUCAAUGGCAUUAACAACUCCGUCAUUAUCUUCCUUUCUAUCUUCUUACAGAUUGAAUCCCCUAUUAAUUUCAAGAUAUGGCAGAAGGUCAAGAAACCCCUAUCGAAAUUCUAUUCGUUGUAAACCAAGAUUUUUCACAGUUGCGGCGAUGGAUAGUGUUGGUUUUACCUCUCCGCUAACGGAAAAAUCGUUUGAUUUUACUUCGGAGGAACGAAUAUAUAACUGGUGGGAUUCUCAGGGAUAUUUCAAGCCAAAUGAUGAUUCGGACGGAGAACCUUUUGUGAUUUCCAUGCCACCACCUAAUGUUACUGGAUCACUACAUAUGGGACAUGCAAUGUUUGUCACUCUUGAGGACAUUAUGGUUAGAUACCAUCGCAUGAAAGGAAGGCCUACACUUUGGCUUCCUGGGACGGAUCAUGCUGGCAUUGCAACUCAGUUAGUUGUUGAAAAAAUGCUUGCUUCUCAAGGAAUAAAAAGGGCUGAUCUUAGUCGAGAAGAGUUUACAAGCAGGGUUUGGGAGUGGAAAGAGAAGUAUGGUGGGACCAUCACAAACCAAAUUAAGAGACUGGGUGCAUCUUGCGAUUGGACAAGAGAGCACUUCACCCUUGAUGAUCAGCUGAGUAGAUCUGUGGUUGAGGCCUUUGUAAGACUUCAUGAGAAAGGCUUGAUUUAUCAAGGGUCUUAUAUGGUCAAUUGGUCUCCUAGUCUUCAAACAGCAGUGUCUGACUUGGAAGUGGAGUAUUCAGAAGAACCUGGUUUUCUGUAUCACAUCAAAUAUCGUGUUGCUGGAGGAUCAAAGAGCGACUUUUUGACUAUAGCUACGACACGCCCAGAGACACUUUUUGGUGAUGUUGCUAUUGCUGUUCAUCCUGAGGAUGAUCGUUAUUCAAAGUAUAUUGGCAGGCAGGCAAUUGUACCAAUGACAUUUGGCCGUUUUGUCCCUAUUAUAGCUGAUAGAUAUGUCGAUAAAGAAUUUGGGACUGGAGUGUUGAAGAUAAGUCCCGGGCAUGAUCACAAUGACUAUUUCCUUGCUAGGAAGCUUGGUCUACCUAUCCUUAUUGUAAUGAACAAGGAUGGAACCCUCAAUGAAGUUGCUGGACUGUACAAUGGGAUGGAUCGAUUUGAUGCACGUAAGAAGUUAUGGUCAGAGCUGGAGGAGACAAAUUUAGCAGUCAAAAAAGAACCCUACACCUUACGAGUUCCCAGAUCUCAGCGCGGUGGAGAAAUAAUAGAGCCACUUGUGAGUAAACAGUGGUUUGUUACCAUGGAGCCCUUGGCCGAGAAAGCCCUUCGUGCAGUUGAAGAAAAGCAAAUUACCAUUUUGCCUGAAAGAUUUGAGAAGAUUUAUAAUCAUUGGCUCUCAAAUAUUAAAGACUGGUGUAUAAGCAGACAACUCUGGUGGGGACACAGAAUACCAGUUUGGUACGUUGAGGGUAAAGAUUGUGAGGAAGACUAUAUUGUUGCUAGGAGCCAGGAAGAAGCCCUAGUUAAAGCCCGUGAGAAAUAUGGAAGAGAUGUCGAAAUAUAUCAGGAUCCAGAUGUUCUUGAUACUUGGUUUUCAAGUGCACUGUGGCCAUUCAGCACUCUUGGGUGGCCAGAUGUAUCAGCGGAGGAUUACAAGAAGUUUUAUUCGACAACAGUCCUUGAAACUGGGCAUGAUAUUUUGUUUUUUUGGGUGGCACGGAUGGUAAUGAUGGGAAUUGAGUUUACGGGAAAGGUUCCCUUUUCAUAUAUAUAUCUACACGGACUUAUCCGUGACUCCCAAGGACGAAAAAUGUCUAAAUCAUUGGGAAAUGUCAUUGAUCCACUUGAUACGAUAAGGGAGUUUGGAACAGAUGCAUUACGAUUCUCAAUUGCUCUGGGGACCGCCGGGCAGGACCUUAAUUUGUCAGUCGAAAGAUUAACCUCUAAUAAAGGAUUCACUAACAAACUGUGGAAUGCUGGCAAGUUUGUGUUGUCAAAUCUGCCUAGUCAAAGUGAUGCAUCCGCGUGGGACAACAUAUUGGAUUUGAAGUUUGAUUCGGAGGAUUCUGUUUGUGGGCUGCCUUUGCCUGAGUGUUGGGUGGUCUCGAAACUUCAUCUGCUGAUUGAUUCUGUAACCUCAAGCUAUGAAAAGUUUUUCUUUGGGGAUGUUGGGAGAGAAACAUAUGAUUUCUUUUGGGGCGAUUUUGCCGAUUGGUACAUUGAAGCUAGUAAAGCUCGUCUUUAUAAGUCCGAAGGAAAUAUAUCUGCUCCUGUUGCCCAGGCGGUUCUUUUAUACGUGUUUGAAAACAUAUUAAAGAUGUUACAUCCGUUCAUGCCAUUUGUUACUGAAGAAUUGUGGCAGGCAUUGCCUCAUAGGAAGCAAGCACUCGUUGUUUCUCCUUGGCCUGAGACAUCGCUUCCAAGGAAUGAGAACUCCAUUAGAAGAUUUGAGAACUUGCAAGCUCUGACUAGAGCAAUCCGAAAUGCCCGAGCAGAGUAUUCUGUUGAACCUGCCAAAAGGAUAUCUGCUUCAAUUAUUGGAAGUGAUGAUGUCCUCCAGUACAUGUCUAAAGAGAAGGAAGUCCUGGCAUUGCUUUCCAGACUAGAUUUGCAAAACGUUCAUUUCAUUGGUUCUCCUCCAGGUGAUGCAAAGCAAUCGGUACACCUUGUGGCUGGUGAAGGUCUCGAAGCUUAUCUGCCUCUUGCUGACAUGGUGGAUAUCUCUGAUGAGGUCCAACGCCUGACAAAACGCCUUUCAAAGAUGCAAUCAGAAUAUGAUGCCCUUAGUGCUCGCCUUAGUUCACCCAAGUUUGUAGAGAAAGCUCCGGAGGAAGUUGUUCGUGGGGUAAGAGAGAAGGUAGCUGAAGCAGAGGAGAAAAUAAGUUUGACAAAAAACCGUCUCUCUUUACUAAACUCAACAACUUUGAUCACCUCAGAGUAGCCUGUGAUCAUUUUUCAACAUCCCCAUUUUUCUGCACAAUUUUUCCUGAUGCAAGGUCAUAGUUUGUGCAUCUUAUUAUGAUAUUAAUGGCAAUAGAGAUUAGGGUGAUGAUUCAUGACCUAAUAUAGGAUCCCCAAUUCCUCCAUGCUAAGCCGAGGAACUGGAUACAAGGUGAAAGCCUUAUAUUUUGCGAGUGUAUAUGAAACUGAUAGCAGCAUCAAUCAAUCUUACAGCUCUCCUGGUGCCAAAUGGGCCAUCUGUGAGGAUAUGGAUCAAUAGUAUAAGGUGCUCGAAAUUAAGAGUACGAAAUGUAUCGAGGAACAAUGACAAUUUUGUAUCGAAAAGGAGUAAAUGUAUUUUGUAGUUGUACA